AUGGUACCUUCUGAUUCUCAAUUUAUGUUUGAGACACCUGAGCAUAUUGAAGGAAAAGUGGACUGGAAAGGAAGACAAGCUGUUAAGUCUAACCAUGGGGGAAAAAAGACUUCUUUGCUCAUACUAGCUUCGUUUGGUUUCGAACAAAUGGCAACUUUUGCACUGGCUGUGAACUUUGUGACAUAUUUCAAUGGGAUUUUGCAUAUGGAACUAGCUGAUGCAGCUAACCAAGUGACAAACUUUAUGGGCUCUAGUUACAUCCUCUCCAUUCUGGUGGCUUUCCUUGCAGACACUUACAUCGGAAGAUAUAAAGCUGUGCUAAUUUCAGGAAGUGUUGAGUUUCUGGGACUGGCAUUACUAACAAUACAGGCGCAUUACCCCAAUCUUAGGCCACCUCCUUGCAAUGUCUUCGAUCCAACGUCUCAUUGCGAGAAAAUUGAAGGUGGUAAAGCUGCACUUCUCUUUGUUGCAAUCUACUUGAUAGCUGCUGGGACAGCAGGAAUCAAAGCUGCACUGCCCUCUCACGGUGCUGAUCAAUUUGAUGAGAAAGACCCACAAGAGGCUAGGAAUAUGUCCAGCUUCUUCAAUGGCCUCUUGCUAGCCCUAUGCCUUGGUGGUGCAGUUAGUUCAACUCUCAUUGUGUGGAUCCAAGACAACAAAGGAUGGGAUGGGGGAUUUGGUCUCUGUACUAUAGCUAUAUUACUGUCUGUGAUCAUUUUUGGAGCUGGAUUGCCAUUAUACCGAAUCCAAAUUGCUCAAGGGACUAGUGCCAUCAUCGAAAUUGUGCAGGUAUAUGUUGCAGCCUUCCGUAAUAGGAAUCUUCAACUUCCUGAAGAUCCUAUAGAGCUUUAUGAGCUUAAGGACAAAGAAGCUGCCGUAGAAACAGAAUUUCUACCUCAUAGAGAUAUUUUCAGGUGCCUGGACAGAGCAGCAAUCCAGACAGAACCUGAAGGAAAUACAGAAGCUCCAAAUCCAUGGAAACUUUGCAGGGUAACACAAGUAGAAAAUGCAAAAAUCCUACUAAGUAUGGUUCCAAUAUUUUGUUGCACCAUUAUUAUGACGCUCUGUCUAGCUCAACUUCAAACUUUCUCCAUCCAACAAGGCUCCACAAUGGACACAAGCAUCACUAAAUCUUUCAACAUGCCACCAGCUUCACUGCUCAUCAUCCCAGUUGUAUUCUUGAUCAUUAUAAUACCUGUAUAUGAUCGGAUAGUUGUGCCCUUUGCAAGGAAAAUCACAGGCCACCCAACAGGCAUAACACGUUUGCAACGAGUAGGCGUUGGCCUUGUUCUUUCCUGUGUGUCCAUGGCCAUGGCCGCAAUAAUAGAAGUGAAGCGCAAAAGCGUGGCACAAGACCACGAUAUGCUUGAUGCCAUCCCUGUGCUGCAGCCAUUGCCUAUAAGCGUAUUUUGGCUAUCAAUUCAGUACUUCAUAUUUGGAAUUGCUGACAUGUUCACAUACGUAGGACUCCUAGAGUUUUUCUAUUCAGAGGCACCCACUGCACUUAAAUCAAUCUCUACGUGCUUUCUUUGGACUUCCAUGGCACUUGGCUACUACUUCAGCACCAUUUUGAUUAACAUAGUGAAUGGUGCAACCAAGGAUAUUACUAGAAGUGGAGGGUGGCUAGCGGGCAACAACCUUAACAGGAACCAUUUGAACCUCUUCUACUGGCUGCUCUCCAUAUUGAGCUUCAUAAAUUUCUUGGUUUACCUGUUUGUUGCUAGAAGAUACAAGUACAGACCCCAAAUCAGCAGUCCCCACUUGGAACAAUGAGAGACGAAGUGCUGCAGUUUAAUCCAUUGUGU